AUGGCGGCUACAGCAACCACCACUGCUGCAGCAGCAGUCACGGCUGCUGGGAAAAGAGAAGGCAAGGACAGACACCACAUACCCCUGACAAUGAGGACUGACAAGGGAGAGGGCAAAGAGGGAAUCCGUGGAGAUGCUGUAUAUUGCCAGGAAGUUACGGAGAAGGGACAAGGGAGAAGAAACAUGUCAGAGGGAGAGCUCAUAGCUGUAGGUAAGCUUGGUAAGGAAGGGUCUGAUGGACAGAUUGGAAUGCAGGUGGAAGCAAUCAGUGCUAUGGAGGCCUCCAGGAGGCUGAAAGCUGUGGAUGCUGAAUCUUUAGAGAAGGAGCUGGAAGGAGAGGCCAUCAGGAAGAAGGAGGCUGCAGAAGAUAUCAGCGUCACUUUUGAAGAUCAACAAAAGUUAAACAAACUUGCACAGAAUACAAGUAGAAUCACAGAGCUAAAGGAGGAAAUAGAAGUAAAAAAGAAACAGCUCCAAAACUUAGAAGAUGCCUGUGAUGCCAUCAUGCUUGCAGAUGACGACUGCGUAACGAUACCCUAUCAAAUUGGAGAUGUGUUCAUUAGCCACUCUCAGGAGGAAAACCAACAUAUGUUAGUAGACGCAAAGAAAAACUUGCAAGAAGAAAUUGACACCUUAGUAUCCAGAGUGGCAGCCAUGCAGAGAGAUCUGAAAGUUCAGCUAUAUGUGAAAUUUGGCAGCAACAUAAACCUGGAAGCUGAUGAAAGCUAAACAUUUUAUAAUACUUUUAAAAUUUGUUAAAUAAACUUG